CCCUUGGGCCGUGGGCCAAUUCAUUGUCUCUAGGUCGACUCACAGGAUGUUUAUGCCGUGUUGUAGGUAGGCCAGUUCCGACUAAAAUAUCCAUAAAAAGGGCAGAAGCUGGACGGUGGAGAUCACUCAGAAUAGCUAGCACAAUCAGAGAAGCUUCAAAUAGUAUUGGAAUUGAUUAAUAGAGGCAUCGUUAAAUAAUUAUGAGAGUGUUGUCUUUGUACGGGGUGCUGGUCAUCGCCCUACUCGUCUGCUGCCUCGCACCGGGCGAUGUGCUCAGUAAGCCCCUCAAGAAGAAGCGAGGCCGGCACGGUCAUCACGAUGGGGACAACGGGCGCGAUCACCCCCGUGGGAGACCUGGAAAGCACGGCAAGGGUAGGGGAGAGACCACGGAGCCGCCUCAAGAAGACGACGGGUCCGGUGAUGAUGAGCAUGCGGACUCCGGAGAAGCAGCGGGCAAUCGCACACGAGGCCGGCCAGGCAUGUGGUCCAUCAGGCCCCGCUACGUACCCGGCGAGGAUAAGCGUAAAGGGAAGGGCCCUCUCGGAUUGGAAGAGACUCCUGAAGGCGUGAAACGAAACAAUAUGAAGAAAGCUAUGGGCUACAUGUCCAAGUACGGCUACAUGGGCGACAUGGACGAAGACGACUGGAACACCGACUCCGUCUCGGACAAGCAGAUGAAGAAGAGCAUCAAGAUGAUGCAGAAGUUCAUGGGACUCAAGGCGACGGGCGAACUGGACGAGAUGACCAUGAUGAUGAUGGACAAGCCGCGGUGCGGACUGCCUGACGUCCCGCCCAGCUCGGCCACGCCGAACGACACCCAGACAGGCCCGCUGUCCUACAAUCACUUCGGUAGGAGAUGGGGCAAACAGGAGAUCACCUUCAGGAUUCUGAAUUACCCAAGCACCAUGCCUUCAAGUGAGGCCAGAGAGGCCCUCAUCCGGGCCUUCCUGGUCUGGAGUGACGUCACGCCCCUGACCUUCCGGGAGACGGGCCGGACGGUGCCGGAGUACGCCGACUUCUACAUCAAGUUCGGCACGCGCUCCCACGGCGACGCGUACCCGUUCGACGGUCGCGGCGGGGUCUUGGCGCAUGCGUUCCUACCGGGGACCAACUCGGGCGAUAUUGAGGGCGACGUUCAUUUUGACGACGAAGAGUUGUUUACUUACGCCAGCUAUUCAGGUACCAACCUAUUCCAAGUUGCCGCCCACGAGAUCGGUCAUUCUCUUGGUUUGACUCACUCCAACGACCCCACCGCUCUGAUGGCGCCCUUCUACCCUGGCUGGCAGCCUACAUUCUACCUGCCCUAUGACGACAUCGCUGGUAUCCAGUCGCUUUACGGCUCCAACCCAAGUCCCCGGCCGUACCCCAACCCGUACCCCAACCCAGAGAUGUCCCAGCCCACCAACCCACCUACCACCACUACCACCCCACCAAAUGUUCCCCCGAGCACUACACCCACCUCAGGUCCUAACCCUAACCCAACGGGUGCCCCCGCCCCUACCCCGGACCCUUGCAGCCCUCUCAUCGGUGCCACUACCGUCUGGCGGAGCGAAUUCUUUGCUUUUACCGGCGACAAAUAUGGCCGAAUCCGUGAUUACCAAAUCCUGUCGCAAAAUGGCGGCAGCACUGCCAGUUAUUUCUUCCAAAACUUCCCUCGUGACAUCGACGCCCUUUACGAGUCGCCCGUCAACUACAAGCUUUACAUGUUCAAAGGACCCUCAUACUACGUCUACGAGGGACUGAUGCAGGAAAGUGGCCCUCUUCCGAUCACCGACCUGGACCCCUCCCUGCCCAGCGACAUAGACGCCGUAGUGUCGUGGGCCACCACCAGCAAGACCUACUUCUUCAAGAAUGACCAAGUCUGGCGGUUCGACGAGGCAAACCAGACGGUGGACAGCGGCUGGCCUAACCCCAUCAGCCAGGUCUGGGUGGGACUACCCAACGACGUGACGGCGGCUUGGCACGACGAGGAACAAUUUCUGACCUACUUUAUGAUCGGGAGUGACUACUACCGAUAUGAUGACUUGUACGCCGAGGUGGAAGUGGACUUGUACCCACGGAACUUCAUCUCCGACUACUUCGGUUGCUUCUAAUUCCCGCAAUCUGUUCUGUACAUUCAGCCGUUUAUUUAAAUUUGUUAAAUAUCUAAUUCAACUUACAUUGCUUGCCUUAAAUUUAUUUUAAUAUCGAACCACGAUACGUAUUUGUGAAGUGCUGGUCCACUAUAAAAAUUUGCAAUGGACACUAAAAAUAUUAUAUUGACAUUUGAUAGACCAAAAUGUUUAUUAAAGGAAAUUACAACUUGUUUAAUUUAUUCAUUUUAGUAUUUACAAAUGUUAAACAUUAAAUUAACUAAUUCCAUUGAAAAAACACAAAAAUAAAUCUUAUUUCAUUGGUUUGGUAGCCUUUUCAAUCGACCAGUUAUCAUCAGGAUUUU